AUGGCGAGGCUCGAGACCAUCAGCCGCCCAGCGUUCGCGUUCGGACAAGCUUCCGUGCAGUCGUCAAGACCUUCAGUGCGUUCGCUUGGCUGGGCAAACGCUGUGAUCUACCUAGACAAGAUGGGCCUUAGAAACGAUAAUCUCCUCGACAAGGUCAGCGGAGGCUUCAAUAAGAGACAGGUUGGGGCUACCAUCGAGGAAUAUUUAGACGAGGUGUUUGAGAAGCUGUCGCAACAAUUCCACAAAGCUCUGGAGGUGGACGUGCCGCUUUGCGAUGACGACAUUCACCCUGAUCUGGCCAGUCUUCUCGUCGUCAUCGGAUACACAGCUCAGAGGGCAGGAGCGAGUGCGAGUGCGAGUGCGAGUGCGAGUGCGAGUGCGAGUGCGAGUGCGAGCGAGCAGGAAAGCGGAAGUGGAAAGGUGGCCGGUCAGGAUGAGCCGGCAUGUGUGCUUGGGGGACGACGCAGUGUCAAGAGGGAUAACAAAGAACUGGAGACGAUAGAGAAAUUGAUAUGCGACAUUUCCAAACGGGACUUGAAAGCGGCGUGGACCCUUUCACCUUGCGAGAGCCAUCUGCCAUCGCUUUCUCGUGUACAACCAACUUAUCGCCCCGAACUUGUCAUGUUAUCUACCGCCUUAUUGCCUCUCGAUGUCCACCGGCUUGUCGCCCUCGAGACUUUGCUUAGGCUUGUCCGUAUCUUGUUGAAAAUGAAUUGGCGGAGUUUUCCCCCUCUAUUGGUUGGCGAGGUCGGCGUUAUCGCUUAUGGAUGGGUGUCAAUUUUGGAUCUGUGCCGUGUCGUACCAACUGAAGAUGGUCACCUUAGUUUCGCUCUCGGAGGCGCAACAGGCGAUGCAACACGUGCCGAUACGUGGCCUAGCUCACCUCGACAGGAUCUCAUCUUCAUGUCGGACGACACUUCUUUCGUGACAGGACCUCCCUCAUCUGGUCCGACUCCCGAUCGCGUUGCUCCAGUAGCGCUAUGCGGCAAUUCUCCCUCGCCCUCAAGAAACCCUCCCUUCCAACCGGGUUUCCAUGAAUGCUGUCGUCUCGGUGAAUCGAGCCCGCCGUUUGCGCAUCUUUCAACUGCUCCAACUCGGUCGUCAAGCGUUCGACUUGGGCUUCCAGGGCCGAAUUUUUCCCCUUCAACUCCUCGGCUUCCGACCGCAGAUUGGCGACCUGUCGCUCGAGUGCCACUGCGGCCAAUGCGGUCAGAUCUUACUGGCGGCUUCAAGCAUGCGGUUCCGCGAAUCAGAGUGGGGAUUGGCGGAACCGAAACAGGAGGGACAGGAAAAGGAUCGUCCAUAGAAGUAUCUCCGAUAGGCCGUACUGAUCCUACGGGAGUUUCGUAUCGUCGACCUUUCUUUGUUGGACUGUUCUGUACGACUCUUGCGGCUCACUGUUGGUCUGCGACCCGCUUGGGAGUCAAUCGAAGCUCAUGUCUGCCUAUGGUGAUGGUACUCCCGGAGGUGGUGGCAGUAGGAGCCAUGGCCGGGGCGGAGGUGGCAGACCCGCGAUCCACCUUUGGAGGAGGUUGUGACAUCUUGACUCGGCGAGAUCGUGGCUGUUCUGACCUCCGGUUCAAGCGUACGAGUAGGUUCGAGAUUCAACACGUACUAGCCCUGACGGUAGGCAUGCCGAGGUCGGCCUUACUUGGGGGUACCCCGCUUUUUGAUGCGCGUUUCAGCUUUGGAGAAGCUGGCGUGGCUCCCGCUUUUCUUCUCCCGCUUUUGUUCGCCAUUUUCGGCGCGGGCAAGAUUCCGUUCGCAAGACCCAUGGGCCACGGGUCUCAACAUCAUCCUACACCUUCGAAUGUUGACCCUAACGAUCACAUCGUCUCGUAUCUGGAACAAGCUUUCAAGGAGAAGAGAAUCUAUCAUCCUGUGGGUUGCAACGGCCUCGUCAUGAUCAAUCCCGGUCGACUCGGUCCGGAACAUCAGAAACCAACGGAUACUCAUGUUCUACAUGACCGGCUCAACACCUUGUUCGGAGGCGAUCUCUUUGCGGGACCUCCGCAGGGGGCCGCCGCAGAACACUACGCUGUGAUAGCGACUGGCAUAUCUGGGGCUGGGAAAACUACCGUAAUGAGGGAAAUAUUGAACAUGCUCUCCGACUCUGACUACGCGGAAACUAAGAACGCGAUCAUUAAAUUGGAGAAGUCUAUGAUCAUCACCGACGCACUCGGCAACGCCAGGACGAAGAAUAACGACGAUUCGAGCAGAAUGAUCAAGUCGAUCCAGACUAGCAACCUCGGCCGCGACCCCCGCUUUGUCGUAUCCGCCAUGAUGCUCGAGUACACAAGGGUCCAUUGCCUUCGCUCGCCUUCGGGUAUCAAAGGAAAAGAGGAGCGAAGCUUCCACAUAUUUUACUAUCUGUUUGCUCAUGGCCAUCGCGCACUCGAUUCUGAUCUUAUCCAGGAACUCUAUCCACAAGGAGUGAGAUCAGAUGACGAUGGAGAACAGUAUCAUAAAGUGAAUGAUGCCAUGAAGCUUGUGGCUGGCGAACAAGAUACACUGCCUGCGUUGACCUGGAAUGGACUUGCCGGAGUGGCACUGUUGAUGGCAGCAAAGAAUGGUAGCGACCCAAAAGUCAAGUCGGCAUUUGAGCUUGUUCAAUACUGGGACACGGAGCUUUCUCUCCCAAAAGGCAAGACGAGAACUGAGCAGGCUGAGCUGGACGAACUAUAUGCCCGGGGCAAGGCUAUCUAUCGACUGAUCUUCAAGUUCUGGACCGGUAAAGCCAGUCGACUUGGGAAAUCUAGAGAGGAAAAAGGACGUGUCAUCACAUUUUUCGAUAUUUGUGGGUUCGAGUCACUGGAAAAAAACAGACUUGCCCAACUCCUCGUCAACGAUUUCUACGAAAAGGUCGAUGACAUUGCUGCUGCCUACGAUCACACAACCUUCUUGUCGGAUGACGAAGAUGAACGACAUCGCGAAUUCCUGGACGGCUGUCGAGGUCUCGCCGCCAUGCUCGCGUCUCCUCCCUCCAACGAUAUCAAACGUCAUACCACCACGGCGUCCAUGCUUAAUGAUUGGCGAAACGCCCAAUCAAUCUUGAGCCGAGCCCACGUUCUCGUUAUCAAUUGCAUCAAGGCGUCCAGCACCUUGUCUCCCUGGUUGUUUGACAACAAGCAAGGAUCCGAGGAGACAUCCGAUUACCAGCAGGGAGCUAAAGGAAGAUCAGACGAUAAGCAAGGGGUCAAGGCACAAAUGAUCAAUCUUGCUACCGUUCAGACUAUGAACUUGAUGCGUUCCAUUCAAAUGGACAAAGAGGACACCAAAGCAAACUUCGCCGCCCGUUACGCGUGUCUCCUCCCAGUAUCUCCGCCAAACAUGGGUUUCGUCGGACAAGCCGAACGCGCACACAACACCACAGUCUCAGUGAUUGGUUGGGUAUCCGACAAGGACGACAAAGCUUGGAACCAAAGCUGUCUUCUCCUUGCCAACAAGGUCUAUUGUAGCCAGAUUUUUGCUGAUCGCCUCGAUGAGCUUGUGAAAGCUCAAGAUGAGCAGGAAAGAGAGCCAGAUGCCCCUCCAGCGUACAUUUUCCAUUCGGACGAGGAAAAAGACCAGGAGAUACGGGCUACGGUCAGCGCAGCGCUUGACUGGUAUUGUCCGGAUGAGAGGCCAAGCGAUAGACACGUCUCGGAAAUCUUCGACCUGGUUAUCCACCGGCUGGUUCAACAUUUGGGGGACUGUACUAUGGUCAUUCCGAACGUGUUCCUCCAAAACCUUCUGAGAGACACAAUCAUCUCGGAAGCGCAGUUGAGGUUAAUCGCUGCCGGCGACUCUGACUUGGGUAUCGAGGUUUGGAACCAAUUCUCGGCCCGCCUCAUCGCUCUAGCGAAAGGAGGUUGGAACGAGACCGAUCUAAACGCACCUGCCAGAGACACCAGUGUCCGCGAACAACAGCAAGCGUGUCUCAGGGCUUGCCUGAGGAACGCAAGCUAUGCUCUUUUGGCGGACCCCUCACAUGGUCCCGACCAAUCCGAUUGGAUGAGGAGCGAACUAUUUUUGUUGGUUGGCCAGCUCAGUCGAGCGUGA